GUCAGAACUGGGAAAGAUGCAGCUUUCUCUGGGAAACAUGAUCCCUUCUCUUUGGGAAGGAGCUUCCCUACAGAACCUCCUACUCCUGUCUGCCAUCGUCCUGAUGGCAUAUUAUCUACAGAGUAGGAGGAAACAUCUAAACUACCCCCCUGGCCCUCCGGGGCUUCCCAUAUUGGGCAACUUCUUCCAGAUGGACUUCAAAACCCCCCAAAUCACCAUCCAAGAGCUUUGUAAGAAAUAUGGAAAUAUUUUCUGCAUAUAUUUGGGCAAUCUUUCUUUUAUGAUGGUUUCUGGAUUGCCACUGAUCAAGGAGAUUUUGCUCAACCAAGGCCAGGUGUUUAUAGAUCGACCUCAAGUUCCUGUCCACUUCCAUGUAUUUAAGUCAUUUGGUUUAAUAGUUUCUAAUGGCCAAGCAUGGAAACAACAAAGAAGAUUUGCCUUAAUGACCCUAAGGAACUUUGGUUUGGGAAAGAAGACUCUGGAAGAUCGGAUACGGGAGGAGGCCAGAUAUCUCAUUGAAGCUAUCAGGGAAGAAAAAGGACAGCCCUUUGACCCACACUAUGAGAUCAACAAUGCUGUUUCCAAUAUCAUUUGCUCCAUAACUUUUGGGCAUCGCUUUGAGUAUCAUGAUUCUCAGUUUCGGGAGCUGCUGAAGACUUUGGAGGAUAUUAUGAUGCUUGAAACCAAAUGGCAAUGUCAGUUCUUCAAUUUGUUUCCUGGGAUAAUGAAACAUCUGCCAGGAACUCACCAGAAGCUGUUUAGGAAAUGGAAGAAAGUAGAAUCUUUUGUAGAAUAUGUAAUUAAACAACACAAAGAAGACCUGAACCCAGAGGAGCCUCGGGAUUUCAUUGAUGCUUACCUGAAGGAGCUGUCCAAGGAUAACAUCCAUUCUAGUUUUACUGAAAAAAAUUUAGUCUUCUGCACCCUGGAUCUCUUCAUUGCUGGAACAGAGACAACUUCAACCACUCUGCGGUGGGGAAUGCUGUUUAUGGCCCUUUAUCCAGAGAUCCAAGGUAAAAUACAAGCUGAGAUUGACAGGGUGAUUGGCCAAUCUCGGCAGCCCACCAUGGCUGAUAAAGAGAAUAUGCCCUACACGAAUGCAGCUGUUCAUGAAGUUCAGAGAAUGGGUAAUAUUCUUCCUUUCAAUGUGCCCAGGGUGGCGGUGGUUGAUACCACAGUGGCAGGAUACCAUGUACCAAAGGGAACCAUAGUGAUGACCAACUUGACUGCCUUGCACAGAGACCCCAAGGAAUGGGCUACCCCAGAAACCUUCAACCCGGAACAUUUUCUGGAAAAUGGUCAAUUUCAGAAAAGAGAGUCCUUUCUGCCUUUCUCAAUGGGAAAGAGGGUGUGCCUGGGAGAACAGCUGGCUCGGGCUGAGCUCUUCCUCUUCUUCACCAGCCUGCUCCAGAAGUUCACGUUCCAGCCUCCUCCCAACACCCAGCUGAGCCUGGACUUCCAAUACAGCACCACCAUAUCUCCUCUCCCCUACCAAAUUUGUGCCAUUCCUCGAGAGAUGUCGACCAAGCCAGGCCUGAAGCAUGAACUCUGAGGGCCCAGGAAAUAAUCUGGAACCUCCUAAUUCUUCCUUUCCUUUCAGUGAGGAAAGGGAGAGAAGUCAAGGAGGGAAAAAAGAGGAGAGACACCAAGGAAGGAUAUCUUUGGCCCAGUGUGAAUAUUCCUACUCUGAAAAAGAAGCAUGAAUACUAGCAAAAGGAAAGCAGAGUCCUUACUGGCUUAUCACAGCUCUGUCAUCUACUAACUAGGUGAUUGGGGUCAAAUCCCUUGAAUCUCUGUCUCAUUUUUCAAAUCUAAACUGAGGAGGAAAAUCACUAAAGCUCCCCACCCAGGUCCUAAAUUUACAGCAUUGUGAUGUUGUGCCAGGGGUCCUCAAACUUUUUAAAUAGGGAACCAGUUCACUGUCCCUCAGACUGUUGGAGGGCCGAACUA